AUGGCGGACCAAAAGGAGAAACGGCGCUCCGUUGUGGAGGACGUGCCGAUCCCUAAACAUCUACUGUCAACCGCCAAAUUCAAUUCUCCCUGGGAACAGAUCAAAUGGGAAAAGUCCCUUCCCCAGAAUAACAGAGUUCAGCGCACCCUUUCAACGACUUUGAAUCGACGGGAAAAGGGUGGUCUUUCUCGCUCGUCAAGUCUGUCGGCUUUGAGAAUUUCCAGGCCGCCUCGCACCUCACGGCCACUCACCAAUCCACCUGCGCUGCACGAAUGGGAGGAAAAUCUAAGGAGUCCCAAUUCUCUGAGGCCUUCGAAUUCGGACUCAGAAGAUGAGCCCAUCACCCCAGUCAAGCAGGUGGCAUUCAGUCCAACCCAGCUUAGCCGCAUCAGCUCUCGUACCGAGCACAGUCGCCGGAGUAGCAUGCACGAAGUUUACGAGAAGGCUAAACUAAGGGGUGUUGCCCUUCAGAGGAAGUAUUGGGUCCGUCUUCUAUUUGAGUGGGGACUCUACCUUUUUCUCGUCCUUUUCGUCUAUUUCGUUCUGAUAGGCAUGCCCUUGUGGAAGGGUGCUGUCUGGUGGCUGUACUGGGUUGUACGAAAUAAGUUCGUCAUCAAAGGAGGCUUCGCUAUCACUAUUGGCCUGGCUGCACUAUAUGCCUUUCUACCCCUGUUGAUUCUAUUUGACAAAGACCCUCCUCUUAAAGAGGCUGCCGAAAAUCAAGACCCCGAAAAGAACCUCUCGAAUGCCCAAUCGACGGCUUUGCUCAUUCCCUGCUAUAAAUCUGCGAACCUGAUCGGCCCGACCUUGGAAGCGGCUCUCAAAAUAUUUCCUCCGGAAAAUAUCUUCGUCAUCGCAAAUGGAAACUCGGAGAAACCCCUAGAUAAUACAGAAGAGGUCUGCCAGCCUUACGGUGUCAAUCACCUCUGGGUCCCGGUCGGGUCGAAGAUUGUUGCUCAGUUCGCCGGCUGCUAUGCCGCGAGUGAAUUUGAAAAUGUUCUACUCAUCGACGACGACUGCGCAUUGCCCCCGAACUUCCCUAUUGUCAGCGACAAGCUCAAAGGCAAGGUGAAAUGCAUCGGUUAUACGAUUAAGAGCGUCGGUCCCAACUCGUCCAAAGGAACAUAUUGCCAGCAAGCUCAGGAUCUGGAGUAUAAGAUGUCUGGAUUACAGCGAGCCUUCUUUGGCAAGCUUGGAAGUGCUACUUUUCCCCACGGCGCCAUUUCGAUUUGGAAAACAGAGUUCUUGAAGCAGACUUUCCACGAGCACCCGGGAUUCUCCGUUUCAGAGGACUGGUUCUUUGGAGAUAGCUGUCGUCGUCUUGGAGGACGCAUCACCAUGUGCUCUGCGGUGUUUGUUGAGACUGAGACUCCUGCCUCGGUCUUCUUCAGUGGCAGUGGUAGUCGUGGUGGAUUUGGUGAAAUGACCAUCUUCCAGCAAAGGUUCAAGCGGUGGAAUUUCUUCUUUGUAAUUGGCAUGUACUAUGAUUUGAAGUACAUCCUGACGAGCUGGAAGCUUGGCUGGUGGGAGAUCGGUGCGAAGAUCUGUGUUUUCCAAGAGGUCUAUGAAACCCUGAUCUACCUCCUCGCCCCCUUCGUUCUCCCGAUCUCCUUCGUCGUCCGACCCGAAUUCUGCGGUAUUCUCCUCGGAGCCACUGUCGGCAUGUAUAUUGUCAACGUCAUCAUCUUCAACGAGAUCCAUCUGCGAUUGAAGAACGAGCGGAUCAGCUGGAUCAUUCUGCUCUUCUACUAUACUUUCUAUAAGAUCGCCCUUACGGUCAUCAAUGUGAUCAGCUGCUACUGGUCUCUUUAUAAAUACGCCCGGUACUUCGCCAAGCGACACCCGAAAGUCAUUGAAGACGAACAGGCGAUCGAGGUGAUACUCAGUCUUGAGAAGGAUGUUGGAGCAUCGCAAUCCACCACGUUUCUAGUCGAAGUUGACGAGUCUGCGCCACCUUCUGAUCCUACGCAUACUCAUGCCAAUACUGCUCUCAAGAGGCUGACAUUGACGAAAGUUCAAAUGGAUCCGGCUCAGAGAUGGUCUACUUUCGGACAGUUGGAGAGUAAUCCCCAGUCGCUCAACAGACGAUCAUGGUUAUAG